UCAGAUGCGCUCAUGAGAGAAUGACAAAAAAACACAUCUUGCUCUUUCUGAGAGCGUUACUACUAUUUGAGCUAACGCAUGGGAUGGUGCACCACGUGAGCCAAGAGUUCGCGCGUCUAGAUCGACGCUAGGUAGUGAAUUCAAUCCAGUGCGUCACAACAUCGACGCGCCUCAUCCCCAUUCCUGUCGCACGGUCGCUGCCCACUUCAUCCCAAUCGCGAUCCACAUUCGUUCGCCUUCACACAAUUCUGAACCUCCCAAAAUAAUCACGCGGACGAAUUGCGACAAUGCCUCGUCCCCCACGCUCAAAAGUCGCGUCGCGCGUCGCGAAACCCACCAAGCCGAAAGACGCCCCCGCGCCCAAGCAGCCAGCGAAGCCUACCCCAGCACAAACCAAAGUCAGCAAAGCUGCCAAUAGCUUCAGCGAAGACAGCGAUGGCCUUGUCACAAGAACCAGAUCAACGCGUUCGCAUAGGAAAAUGCCACGGGAGAAGACACCGGAGGUCCAUGACGAGCCAGAGCUCACCAUGACCGGCGCGCUACCGGCUGAAGAGAACACAUCUUUAUCAGCUACGAAGACCCGUACUCCAGCAUCAAAUGCAUCAAAGCAGAUGCGCGCCACAAGAAGCAGUGCGAGGAAAUCGACCGCGCAUUCAUCACCACUAGCUGCAGUUGCUCAAGCACACGAAGAAUCGCAGAUAGAAGAAGAUAGCGGCUAUGGCGAUCUGACAUUCUCAUCUCUCGGUUCUGAUUCUCCAGCCCACGGCACGCGCCCACCAUCAGCCAUCAAGGUCGGUGCAACACCCGCACACGAGAGAUCGAUACUGGCUUUAAGCAACUUCAGGCGAAGACCCCGGCAGCCCAGUCUGUUGCGCCAGGUACAACAGACUACCGAUGUGGAGGACAACGAUCAAGACGACCUAGACAACACCGACAACUUUGACUUUGACGAUUUCCUUCCACAUGCCGAGUCCACACCCCUUAACGUACGGAAGCAGGCACCGGAGCAGGAGAUUCGGAAUGAUAGCGGCACUCAGAUCUCAAGCUCUGGUUCCCGUGGCACAAAGCGCAAGUUCUCGUCUGUAGUCCAAGUGCCACGCUCGUCACCACCAGCGAGUCCACAGUCUGGCGAAGAUGUCGAGUCAGAGCGAUCACCCUCCCCGAGCCUGCCAGAAGUAGUUGCAUCACGCGAGGAGAUGAUUGAGCAAACACAAGAGGACGAGGAGCCACUAAGCGAGACACUUGCGCCCCCCAUGUCGAGUAGUCCGAUACGGGAAGUCUCGAAGCCGCCUCAAACGCCAGCGCAGACGCGACCGCGCCGAAGAGGACGACAGGCUAAGACGCCCGUUGUGGAUGAAGACUCAGAAGGCGAGGAGACGGAGACACCUGCGAGAGCUAAGCAGAGGACCAAAAAGAAAGCAGAGCAAACUAUAUCUGUUGCGCAACUCAAAGCCCUAUUACCACGUCGACGGAACCGCCUGCGGGACCGGGAUGAGUUCGACAUUGAGUCUUCAGACGAUGUCGAGCCUGUGGACUCGGAUCAAGAUGAGCUACAAAUGCCAGCGCGUCGCGUUCGCCAAAAGCAAGGGACUACAAAGUUAGUAUCGCCAAAGGCAGCGACAAAGAAAGCAGCUCGCCCGAAAAAGGGUGCACCCGCUAAAGUAGCGCAAAAGUCGGGAAGAACAUACAGUCGCAGGAUAUCAUCGGACAAGGAGAACGAGACUACAGGUCAGAACGAAGCAGACAAUACUGAAGUCUCGACAAUCGAGCACUCUGAGAAGUUGGCUGCUAUCAGAAAGAAGUUUGAGGAAGUGGAUGCUUUUGAGUUGGAAUUUGAAGAGGUGGAUGCGACGACGAGCUCAAGUCCUUUCCGAUGACGGUCAGGCCAGCGGAUGUGAAGACUCGUUUUGUUCUACAGCUUGUUGCUUUUUGUUCUCUUGAUUGUGAUUGUGAUGACUGAUGAUAUAUCCACGUGUGUUAUACAGAAGCGUAUGGCGCUUAUUCAUGUACAUGCACGCUGUUCGUAGCUGGCAGGUGUCGAGCAAAGACUCUUUAGUGGUGCGAAAUCUGUACUGUCUGUAGUUCAGAGCAUCGAAUAGU